CUCGACGGCCCAGCACUCCCAUUCCCUCUCUCCAAGGAAAGCGAACCCCAUUCCGAUCCUUGCAAUCCGUGGCGCCGCCGCCGCCGCCGCAUCGCAUUCCCCUGACGCCGAAACCUAGCUCCUCAAUCAUCACCGCCCACCUCUGACCUCUCCCCUCCCCAGUCCCCGUGAGAUGGCCUCGACAUGCUUCCGCGCCGCCGCUCGCGUGGCCUCAGCCGCCAGCCGGUCGGCGGCCGCCGCCCGCUCCGCCCCCUUCGCCGCCGGCCGCGCCGCCUCCUCCGCUGCCCGCCGCGCCCCUUGCUUCUCCAGGAUACCGGUGGAGCUCGGGUGCUGCGCGGGGUUGUCGCUGCUGCCGCUGCACAGCGCGGUGGCGGCGGCCAGGCUGACGUCGCGGCUGAGCACGGACUCGAGCUGCCGCGCUCUCUCUCAGGGUAUCCUCUGUCGCACCUAUCCCGGGCUUUAACAUCGCACUGCUGCAGGCACAUGAUCUUGCUAGUUCUUGAAAGAAUUUACUGGGAGCUUGCUGUUUUGCUUCAUGCUAUCAUGAAGAAUGAAUACUUAACAUGCGAAAUUGUAAUGGGAGACUAGAGUUAUGUUAUUUAGCUAGAAUUACUAGCUGCCUCUGUUGAGGAAUAUCUUGAUGCAAUAAUGUGGCAUCCUUUUUGAAUGUUUUACACGGUAGUUGAUCAGUUACUUGAGUCAAUGUCUGGGUGCAAUGCUGAAAUUAUUGUUUAUGUAAGCCUGUUCUGGUUUCUUUCUUUCCUUUUUUGCAUUUUUAUUUGAGACUCAUGUUUGCAUCUUGAGAGAGCUGCAUGCUUGCUUGAUAUUUUUAUUCAACAGAGAAUUUUAAUCUGGUCGCCGUUGUAGUUUA